AUGGCUUCUUACAAGUCCACAUUCAAUUCUCCUCGUUCUUCUCCCUUUCGCCGUCCUGCUUCGCCAGGGUCUCCAACUAUUGCCACUGGAAGACCGAAUACUCCUCCAACAAACAGAAGUGGCGCAUCUCCCAUGACCUCUCCGUCCAAGCUCAAGCAUGCAUACACCGUGUCGGAAGAGGAGGAGGAAGAGGAGCCAAUUUCAACGCCGUCCAAAACUAAGACCGACUCUAUGCCAUACAGAAGGGCGCAGACGGAACCUCCUCCAUCACCUACAGCACACCGACUACCAUCAUCUCCCAGCAAACGUGACAACAGUCCGAUGAUGGUCCCGUCCUCGUUCUCUAGAGAAUCUCGGAGAGUUGUCUCGAAUGGUCUCUCCCAGAACGAUAACCUCUCCAAACUUCCACCACAACUCCUCCACAAUAUGCGCGAGUCGUUUUCGGUACUUGACUCCAACUCCAACGGAAGCAUUGACGCGGCUUCGGUGGCCGAAACACUCCAAUCUUUAGGUCUACAUGAGAGUAAUCUCUCGCAAUUCUUCCCGCCCGGGCAACCUCAACAGCUCUCACUACCUCAGUACCUCAAUCAACUCGCAAACAUUCUUGUCGGGCUGUCUCCUCAGCAAGAACUGCUCAACGCGUUCUCCGCCUUUGAUGAUGAUGAUAGUGGACAGAUUGAUGUUGCAGAACUUCGCUCAGCACUACAGAAUACAGUUCCAGAUCCAGGCGAGCGUCCUUUAAGCGAGAGAGAUAUUGACCGAGCCAUGGAAGGUUUUACGGGCAGAAGGAUUCUAGGGAAGAAUGUGAUCGGUAUUGCUGGUGUCCGGGGUCUCAAUACCCCCGCUCCAAAGAAAGGUGGUGAUGUGUUUCGAUACCAAGAAUUUGUAGCGAACUUGACCGGAGGUCCUGCCACAGAACAGGUCCAGGGGGUUCAUUGA